UAUGGAUCGUCGAGACUUCGAGGCGUGGAACAUUUCGAUUGUCCAGGCUUCACCGGCAAAAUCCCUCCAAGUGAUGCUAUACCAGAACUCACCAUCCCAUGCCCGCCAGAGGAGAGAUUAAAGUAAGGCGGAGAGGAAAGAAGAAGAGGGAGGAGAGUUGGGUACAGUACCGUAUGUAUGUCAGUAUCUAUCUGUCUGGUGAUUUGACCGUGAUCGUGAGGGUGAUCGUGAGGGUGGAUCACCAACUAACUGACGGACGGUCGCUGGCUCUAGCUCUGGCUGUCGAGGUUCAGUUCGUGGCUGUACUGUACGAGGACUCACACUCACACUCAGACUCAAAGAGACUCGGCGGUUCCUGUCUGAUAGAUCCACAAUGCCUCUGGCCUCUGGGCCUUUCUUCCCCCCUCUGGUCCUGUAGGUCCUGUAGGUCCUGUAUUUACCCAUGAGAAUGUAUUUGCCGGGAGGCUACUUUUCUCGCUAUUCGGGCCUACUCUUAUCCAAUCGCCGUGCGCUCCUUCUUCGCCCACCCCAAUUCCGUUCCACUCCACCAUCCACCAUCCACCAUCCAUCCCAUCGUCCAAACUACCACGACCACCACCACCAGAACGAGUCUGCGAAGUCUGUACUGCCUUCUCCUCUACUCCCCCACGACUUCGACCCAUCUCGACGACCUCCAAGAGUCCUCACGCAGCAUUCAGACAUUCGCACUCCUCGACCCCUUACGAAUCCGCGCACUUCCCGGACGCUGUCGUCGACCUGGUCAGAUACCCCCCAGGGCCCAUUGAGCAUCCCGCCUGAAUUCGAUCGCGUUUGCAUUGCUCCCCAUUACUCUCGCAUCUUCCUCCCCUUCGAAUCCGAAGUCACACGCUUUGACGAUUCAAACUCCCUCGCCCUGACACUUCACCACCACAGCGACCGCCCGUCCUCGUUCUCUGCUCAUGGGCCUGGAGAUCCUAAUCUAAGUUUGGGGCAAGCCGCCAUCGUCUCCUUCUCCGUUUGACUUUGGCCGUGUAGCCGGCAGUUCAAUGAUGCAUAAGCAUCAAACGUACGACCACGAUUCUCAAUUCCUCCUUGCCCUCUGCGCAACGUUGAGCGUUCCC